UUUCUUCUCUCUGCGGUAGCAUCCAUAGGGCGGAGAGAGGGAGAGAGAGAGAGCUCUGAAAUGGCAGAAUGACCAAAGUUCUUUCACAAUAUCUUCUCCUCCCAAGAGGAAGAUAGAUAGAUAGAUAGAUAGAUGGCUUUCCAAGAAGAGGAAGAGGUUCUAAACGCACCGUUUUGUAUGCUUUUCUGCGAGGAAGAGAGGAGCCAUGAGUUAGAGGGAGACGAGAGCGUUGUAAAGUUUCCCUUUUUCCAUCUGGGUUUUCUCGAUCAUGACAUGUUAUGGGAUGACGAUGAGUUGUUGAGUUUGAUUUCGAAAGAAAACGAGUUAAGGCCGUGUCUUUCCGACACAGUCUUAGAUGAGUUUCUCGUUCUGUGUCGUGAAAAGGCUCUUGAUUGGAUCUUUAGAGUGAAAACUUAUUAUGGGUUUAAUGCGCUGACGGCUCUACUCGCUGUUAACUACUUCGAUACGUUUCUUACGAGCAGGAAGUUUCAGACAGACAAGCCAUGGAUGUCUCAGCUUACAGCUGUGGCUUGUCUGUCUUUAGCUGCUAAAGUUGAAGAGAUCCGUGUUCCCUUGCUCUUAGAUCUUCAAGUGGGAGAUGCGAGAUAUGUCUUUGAGGCUAAGACUAUUCAGAGAAUGGAGCUUUUGAUUCUCUCUACUCUUCAGUGGAGGAUGCAUCCCGUGACUCCUAUCUCAUAUUUCGAUCACAUUAUCCGGCGAUGCAGCUCUAAAUCUCACCACGACUUGGAGUUCUUGAGUCGAUGUGAAUCUCUGUUACUCUCCAUUGUUCCUGAUUCGAGGUUUCUAAGCUACAGUCCUUCGGUGUUGGCCACUGCAAUAAUGGUCUCUGUCGUUGGAGAUUCCACGACGUGUGACGAAGCUGAAUAUGAAUCUCAGCUCAUGACUCUGCUCAAAGUCGAUCCGGAGAAAGUAAAUAAAUGCUAUGAGUUAGUGUUAGAUCACAUUCCAAGCAAGAAAAGGAUGCAACCCGCUAGUCCAACUGGUGUAUUUGAUGCAUCAUUCAACUCUGAUAGCUCGAACGAGUCAUGGGUUGCUUCUGCUUCUGCAUCAGUGUCUGCAUCACAGUCUCAUGAGCCUCUAUUCAAGAGGAGAAGAGUGCAAGAGCAGCAGAUGAAGCUGUCUCCAAUAAACAGAAUGUUUCUCGAUGUGUUCACAAGUAGUCCUCGCUAAUAAUUUUAGAAACAUAUAAGAUAUGUUUUCCCCUGUUUUACAUAUUAUCGGCUAUAUGGUAAGGCAGAAACAUUAUGUGUUUCACUUGGUUCUUUUGUUAAUGGACGGAUUCAAAUGGUG